AUGUCUCAAGUCACAGCCGACAAUGUCGCCGAAAUCCUCCAGAACGACUCCGCCGUUAAGGUGGCCGGUGUCGACGUCGACGGCCAGCUGCGCGGCAAGCUAAUGGCAAAGAAGAAGUUCCUCUCCAUUGUGUCCGAGGGGUUUGGUUUCUGCUCCGUGGUGUUCGGCUGGGAUAUGCACGACCAAACAUACUUCAAGGAGCUGGGGAUUAGCAACAAGGAGAACGGGUAUCGGGAUAUUGUUGCGGUGCCGGAUCUGAGCAGUUUCCGGAGGAUUCCCUGGGAGAACAAUGUGCCUUUCUUCCUGGUUAGCUUUCUUGAUCCUGACACAAGGCAGCCGCUUUCUGCUUGUCCUCGUGGGUUGUUGAAUACGGCCGUCGGUAAGGCUGAGGAGGCUGGGUAUCAUGCUAUGGCGGGUGCCGAGUACGAAUUCUACCAGUUCCGCGCCCCAGGAAACCACUCUUCACCCGAGCGCAAUGCCUCGUCGACAGCCACCUUCCUCAAGGAGAACCCCGUCGAAGCGCUUCCUCCGUUGACCGAAGGCAUGUUUGGAUAUAGCAUAACGCGGCCGAUUCACAACCAGGACUACUAUUACGGCGUUUUCAACGCGUGCGAGAGCUUCAGAUGUGAGAUUGAGGGAUGGCACACUGAGAGUGGACCUGGUGUUUAUGAGGCUGCACUGCAAUUUGGAGAAGCCAAAGAGAUGGCAGACAAGGCUGGAUUGUUCAAGUAUGUUGUGAAAGCGAUCGGUACCAAACAUGGCAUCACCCCCGCCUUCAUGGCCAAACCGCGUCAAGGCUUGCCUGGAAAUAGCGGCCACAUGCACAUCUCGUUGAUGAAAGACGGAAAGAAUGCCUUCUUCCGCGAAACGCCAGACCCCUCGCCGCCGUACCCAGACGUGGCGCAUCUAUCGGACCUGGGGCGACACUUCCUGGCCGGAGUCCUCACCGGACUCCCGGACAUUAUGCCGCUGUUCGCCCCCACGAUAAACUCCUACAAACGUCUAGUUGAAAACUUCUGGGCUCCAGUGACAGUAUCCUGGGGCUUGGAACACCGAGCAGCGUCCGUUCGAGUCAUCACACCGCCCACGGCCAGUCCCAAGGCUACUCGGUUAGAGGUGCGGGUACCCGGGGCGGAUUGCAAUCCACAUCUUGCCCUGGCGGCGAUUGUCGCAUUGGGAUGGAAAGGUGUGGAGAAGAAGCUGGAGAUCCCGGUCCCACCGCUGUCCAAGGGAGAGGAUAUGGGUGGCGCUAGCGACCAAGGUGCUCGACUAGCUAAAUCGCUCAAGGAAGCUACCAUUCGGUUUAUGGAUAAGGACAGUAUGGCGCGCGAGGUGUUUGGGGAUGCAUUUGUUGAGCACUAUGGAGGGACUCGGGAGCAUGAAGUGCGCUUGUGGGAGGAGGCUGUUACUGAUUGGGAGGUGAGACGUUAUAUAGAAACGGUUUAG